AUGUCGCGUCCACCAUCCGCCGCCGGGACGCGUACCAACAGCAGCAUGCGACCUCCAGCCACAAGAAGCACGGCAUCUUCGACAGGUCGACAAUCAGCCCUCCGAAAUGCAUCCGCAUCGGGAUCCCGCGCCGAGCGAUCGGGUGCCGCCUCCCCCGCAGACUCGCAAGUGUCGGCAACAGCAGGUGCGAAGCGCAAGGAGCGCGAUUUCGACCCGGAGGACGAGGGCACUACAAACAUCAACGUCGUUGUGCGCUGCCGAGGACGCAAUGACCGGGAGGUCAAGGAAAACAGCGCCGUCGUUGUCAAGACGGAGGGCCUCAAGGGCAGGAUAGUUGAGCUAUCAAUGGGUCCCAAUGCAGUCAGCAACAAGACGUAUACCUUUGAUCGCGUCUUCUCGCAGGCCGCCGAUCAAGCCAUGGUCUUUGACGAGGUGGUGAAGCCUAUCUUAGAAGAGAUGCUCGCCGGUUACAACUGUACCAUAUUCGCCUACGGCCAAACAGGCACGGGCAAGACAUACACCAUGUCAGGCGACAUGAAUCAGACUUUCGGCAUGCUUCCCGACACCGCAGGCAUCAUCCCCAGAGUUCUGCACGCUCUCUUCAAUAAGCUUGAAGUGGACGACAAGGAACACUGUGUGCGAUGCUCGUUUAUCGAACUUUAUAAUGAAGAGCUGCGUGAUCUGCUCUCGGCAGAGGACAACACGAAGCUCAAAAUAUUUGACGACAACUCGAAAAAGGGCCAUGCCACGACCAUUGUGCAAGGCAUGGAGGAAAGACAUAUUUUGAGCGCGGCAGACGGCCUCAGAUGGCUUCAAGAGGGCAGUGUGAGGCGCCAAGUAGCCGCGACAAAGUGCAACGACCUCAGUAGUCGUAGUCAUACCGUCUUUACCAUUACCGUUCAUGUCAAGCAGCAAACCGAGAAUGGAGAGGAUUAUCUGAUGGGGGGAAAGCUGAAUUUGGUUGAUCUCGCUGGCAGCGAAAACAUCCAGCGCUCUGGAGCCGAGAACAAACGUGCCGCCGAGGCUGGUCUCAUCAACAAGAGUCUGCUUACUCUUGGUCGUGUCAUCAACGCCCUGGUCGACCGCAGCCCCCAUAUUCCUUACAGAGAAUCGAAACUUACACGUCUACUCCAAGACUCGUUAGGUGGGCGGACAAAAACUUGCAUCAUUGCGACAAUAUCACCGGCCAGGAGUAACAUGGAUGAAACGAUUUCCACACUUGAUUAUGCUUUUAGGGCCAAGAACAUUCGAAACAAACCGCAAAUCAACGCGUUGCUCAACAAAAAGACAUUACUUCGAGAGUUUGCGACUGAGAUCGAGAAACUCAAAAGCGAGCUAAUUGCUACUCGUCAACGAAACGGUGUCUAUCUAUCGAACGAUGCUUACGAAGAGCUGACCGUACAAAACGAAUCGCGGCGUAUCCUUACGGAAGAACAAGCGGCCAGAAUCGAGACACUCGAAACGAACCUUCGAAACAAGCUCCAGGAGCUGUAUACGAUGACAUCAACAUUUAUGGGGCUCCGAAAAGAGCACGAAGCCACAAAAGCACAGCUAGACGAGACCAAGGAUGUGUUGGACCAAACCGAGCUGGUGUUGGCAGCUACCAGGAAGUCGUUGACGGAGGAGGCGCACAUCCGAAGGGCGCAUCAAACAACCGAACAGAAGCUUGCUAAAGUGGGUGAUGAGCUUAUUUCUACCAUCAAGCGGACCGUCCAAGAUGUCGAAGGGCUCCAUGCGAAGAACAGAAGAAGGUCCGACCUACAUGCGCUCAAUCGUAGCACGUGGGCCAUGUCGCAAUCGCAAGUUACAGGUAUUACUGAGCUUGUUGAAAGUCGGAUUGCGGAGUUUCGCAAGGGGCAGGAGGAGCAUAUCUCCAGCGUAUCCGAGCGGAUGCAAAGUUUCGUCCAGGAGGAGCUCGACAAGCUGUCCACAACCCAAGCCUUCCUCGACCAGAACUUGGAGCAUUUCGCAGAGUCUAGGACACAGCUGCUGGAGCAGAAGCAAAAGUCUAAGGAGGAGAUGGACAACGUGCUGGAAGAAAUCAAGGUUGUUCGGGACACCGUGAAACAGCGCGUUGGAGAAUCGCUCCAGGCUAUUGCCUCGGCGGCUGAGCGGAUUGCAGGUGACGUCCUGGGCGAACUAACUACUUUUCACAGUCAGUUACAUGCUUCGUAUAGUUCGCUUGGGAAGGAUUGCAAAUCCAUCUUUGAGGAUCUGCUUCAAACAAUAACCGCCCAAAAAGCCGAAGCCGAUAGACUCCGGCAAGAGCUUGAGGGUGCUAGUCAGACCAUUGUGGAGUCUAACACAACUGUGUCAGCCCGGAUCCAGGAGGUUUUGGAGGAGGAGCGAAGACAAGCGGCCGAGGAGAGGCAAAACCUUCUGCUACAGAUCGGCUCCCUCAUCAACUCGCAGGCGGAGAUGCAAGAGUCUCGCCUGGCCGGGAAAACGGCACUUAUUCGACAGGCCGUCACGGAUUCGAAUACGACGUUUGAGGGCAGUAUGUCCGAGUAUCUGGAAGGCAUGAACGCUUGGAACGAGAAGGACAACAGACUUAUGGAGGCCGUCGUCAAAUCUCGUGAUGCGCUCAAGAACAAGAUGCAGGAGGACUGGGCGACUGCCGACGAGCACAGCAACUCUAUACAGAACACCACAAAAUCUGUCCAUGCCGAGACGGUCCGUGUAGUUGAUGCCCAGCUCAAAGAUCUCGAUGUCCAGAUGCAGGAUCUUGACGAUUUCGUCUCCCGCGCCCACUCCGAAAACUCCACGCACCACGAACAACAUGCUGUCUCGAUGGAGAACCUCACCUCAACCGUCGAAAAGUCCUUCAUUAACAUUGCGGACCAUUUCGGCGACCGAUUCGACCGUAUCCGCGACCUUAGUGGCGAGAUGGAUAACGAUGCGAAGACCCUGCGGGAGUCUCUUGAGCCGCUUGACGAGUCCCUCCGUCAGCCCCUUGCCGCCCUCCGCGAAGACAUCCAGAGCACCAAGAUGCGCGAGUACGAGCCCACCGGUGACACGCCCGAGAAGAAGCGCUACGAGUACCCGACGGACCUUCCGCGCACCGCGGGCCAUGAGACGCUCAUUGCAGGCAUGCAGGACAAGCCUUCAACGACGCAGACAACAAGCCCAGCCAAACGUGCAACGACGACUGCGGUAUAUAUGCCAUUAUCCGUGCCCGUUUCACCAAGCAAUAAUCCUUUCGGCACGCCCGGUCCCGCCGCGAGCACCCGAAUCAAGCCGCGUCCGCUGGACCCGAGUCUACGAGAAGUUAAUCCAAACCUCGGUGGUGGGCCAACAGUCUUUGGCGAAUUGUCAUCCAGCACAAUGUCAAUGGCACCGCCGCCGGCGCCAUCUGCAUCUGUGAUCGGUUUCCAUGCCAACAAUCACGAACACAGUGAAGGGAAUGCAACUCACAUACCGCUCUUCAGGAGGAGUAAUCGGAGACAGUCACCUCGUGGAAUAGCGAAGAAAAAGAUAACAGGCCAUGCCAGUGGGAUCAUCACGGAGGGUAUGGAAAACAUGCCAAUCCCGACGGCAGAUGCUACUGUAGGCAUUGCCGGAAACAGGAGGAAGACUCCACGGUUGGGUUGA